UCCAAACUCGUCGUUCUCUUCUCCCCGAACUCCUCUAUCUCUUUCUCUGAAACCCUAGCAUUGGUUUUUCCCAUUUUUCCAAGAAUUUCUCAACCCCAUUGAGAGAGAAAGCCAGAAAAGACACCUUCUUGGAUCCAGUUUUCUCUCCUAUAAUACUUUUUUUGAUCUGAUCUGGGGCUCAACGAAUUCCAAGAUGGCAACACCGGCAAAGAACACACAUGCCUCUUCUUUUCAAACCGCGAAAAUCUGCAGGGUUUCUGAGAAUUUUGAUCCCAACCUCCCCAUUUCCCCUCCUUCCCAGAAGCCAAUCAAGUCUCCGGCGAUCAAGUCGGCACGGUCAAAGAAAUCAGCCCCUAAAACCCCUAGUCGGGUCGUACCGCCCCCUCCGCCGGCCCAAGAGAGGAAGUUUAUCGUCGUCAAGAAGAACUCCAGGAGAGGGGGGAAAACGUUUGGUUUCAACAAGUGCCGACAAGAGGCCUAUGAGGCCCUCCGGGCAUCCCAAGAAGAGUUUUUUCAUAUCGAUCAUGCGACUGGUGCCACCGGAGUUGUAGGCGCAUCACCUGGCAAAGGCCAAGGGUUGAAAGAUGGAGUAGGGAAUGAUGGAGUGGAGAAAGAUCAGAAGGUCGGGAGCCCAAAGAAUAUAAACAAGUCGAAGGGAACUGGGUCUCCAGAGAUGGGGGAUUCGGAUGUCCAAGAUCUGGAGGGCAGUGCAAUGGUGAGGAAGAUGAGGGGUCUCGUGAUGGAGGAAGCAAUGAGCAGUAUCCCUGAGCCAGGCUCAGGACGGGUGAAGCAUCUGGUGAAGGCAUUUGAGACCCUCCUUUCCAUUUCGAAGGAGGAAGAGGCUCAGAGGAGUGAAGAUAGAAAGCCAAGAACAAUGAAUUGGGCCUUGCCAGGCUUGCGGCAGCCAACAAAGACUGCAGAGAUCAAGGUUUCAUCUGCAUCUGUUUUCUCCUCGGCAGAGUUCUUCCGUUCACAGGACUUUGAAAGGGAUUCGAGGUUGUACUCUUCAAUGGACAGUAACAGUGACAGAUUGAGCUGGGGGAGUAGGACAUCUGGUGGCAGCCGGAGUAGGCGUAACAGUUCUGAGUGUUCAGGAAGGAGCUGGAAUAAAAAGCUCAAGGUGACAAGCCAACAGCCGUUCAAGUUGAGAACUGAGCUAAGAGGGAGGCAUAAAGAAGAACAGUUCCUUAAGAAAGUCAAAGAGAUGCUUGUAGAGGAGGAGAAGAAACGCAUACCAACUGCGCAAGGUCUCCCAUGGACCACUGAUGAACCAGAGAGCUUGGUGAAACCCCCUGUAAAGGAAAGCACCGAGCCAAUUGAUAUUGUUCUUCACAGCGAUGUGCGUGCUGUAGAACGGGCUGAAUUUGAUCAUUUUGUUGUAGAGCGGAUGAAUUUUGCUGAGCAACUAAGGUCGGAAAGAGAGAGGCAACAGAAGUUGGAAGAAGAAGAGGAAAUACGGAGGCUCAGAAAAGAGCUUGUGCCCAAAGCUCAACCCAUGCCAUACUUUGAUCGGCCCUUCAUUCCAAAAAAGUCAGCAAGACCUCCAACAGUCCCUAAGGAGCCAAGGUUUCGUAUUCGCCCAGUAAACUCAUCAUGUUUCAAUUCGAUGAUCUUCAGAAUUUUGUUCGUGGAUAAUAAUACUUUUCUGCUGAUCAACUUUAGUAUCUGGAUGCUGGGAAGAUGACGGAGGAUGUUAUCACCUGACAACAGUUUUCCUAAACCAUCAAAUGACUUAUGGAAGAUCAUCAUGAAAUUUCGGAUGAUGAAAGGCUUCAAGACUCGUGAAAGACCAGCUACAAAAUCUCAGAUGCUCAUAUUUGAUUUUGCUUUCCCAAUGCACUAUGUUUCUUCUUUUAAAUCAUUUAGUCUCAUCUCUGGAAGAGGCCUUCACAUUUGUUGCACCAAGAAAGUUUCAGCAUUAAUUGUUAAUUUGUAGGGAUAGUUAAAUGAAUAUUGCAUAUGAAGACCAAUCAAAUUUAUGAAAAUCCUUGUGUCAUUUAGAUGUU